AUUUAUUGAUCUUCUUUCUCCUCCAAAAAUAUCACCCACAGUGUCAGUGACCCGUGACAAAGUUAAAAACUUGAUCCACCUCUAACAAAACAAAACGUCCACUGGUUUAAUUUUGUUUGCACCAAAAUGGAGAUCCAAGCGGCCAGACGAAGAAUCAACUUGAUUGCAGCUCACUUCUCACCUACUGAUGAUAUCUCUGUCACCAAUGUCCUCCCAAUGAACUGCAGUAGCAGUUUAAACUCUGUGCUCCGGAGGUGUGAUAACAGGAUGUUUUUUGCAAGGCAAGGAUCUGUUUCUCAAGCUAAUUUCAUGAGGCAGGCUACCAUUGAAGAGAACUGCAGUAGUGAGCAGGCUACCAUUGAAGAGAACUGCAAUAGCAGUUUAAACUCUGUGAUCCAAAGGUGUGAUAAUAGGAUGUUUUUUGCAAGGCAAGGAUCUGUUUCUCAAGCUAAUUUUAUGAGGCAGGCUACUACUAAAGAGAUCAAUCCAGCUGAGUCUGGUUUGCCUCUCAAACCCUCUGGUUAUAAGGGAUCUUAUAAUGAUUCUGAGGCACCAUUAUUCUCUAGACCUGUGAAGAAAGAACCAGACUUUGCAAAUGUUGCCCAACCUGUGGUGCAAGGUUGCAUGUUAACCGUGCCUGAGCCUCCUAAGUUUGCUGGACCAGGCAAAAGAACCAGUGGAGGUAAGAAAUUGCAUUCCAAGAAGAAAAUACACACCUCUGAAUCUAAUGGAAUUGAGUGGUCUCCCAGGAUGGAUGUUGCAGAAUCAGGAUGCAAUUAUGUUGUGACAGUGGAAAUUCCAGGCGUCAAUCGCCAUGACAUUAGAGUGGAGAUUGAUGACCAGAAAUUAACUGUACAGGGUAGACGCUCAACCCAGUACUGGAAAGUGUCAGGUUUUUCAAAUGAUUCAAUCUCUGCAUAUCACAAACAAGAGAUUUUACAAGGACCAUACCAGGUAGUAUGGCCACUUCCUGCAAAUGUCAACAAGGACAGUGUCUCAGCUGAAUUUUUGGAUGGAUUUCUACAAAUUAUUAUUCCUAAAAUAUAAGAUCAUUGUUGAGCUGAGCUGCAGUGGCAUGAAUAUGUUUGUUUGAAUGUAUGUGUGGCACUUGAAAAAACAAAUCUUCACUGUUGUAAGCAGUGUUCAUCAUCUUGAACAUGCGUUGUAUGUGUGUACCACUUCAACUCUUUGCAUAGUAUAUUUUAUAAACAGGAGGACGAAAAUGAAGCUCUGAAUAAAGAUUUUAAUAUAGAUUAUGUUUAAGUUCAGCAAA